AUGUCAUUAACAAUCACCAAGGAUAAUAUUUUCCCUAAAGGAUAUCGUGGAAGAUUAACUGAAGGAGUAACAUACGAUGAAAGAAAUAACACCUUAUUAUGGGUCGAUAUAAUUCAAGGUGAAGUUCAUCGAGUAUUUCUAGAUAAUACCAACAUCAAUACCAACACUAGUUCUUCUUCUCAUGAAACUUUGAAAUGGGAUUCAUCAAAUGAAUCAAUUGGUGCUAUUUGUUUAACCAAUGAUCCUAAUAAACUUAUCAUUUGUAGUAAAUAUGGUCUUGCUUAUGGAGAUUUCUCGAGUUCCACCAUUGAAUAUUUUUUCAAAUAUCCUCAUACCACUAAUCCUGAUGAAAAAUUACGAUUAAGAUCAAAUGAUGGGAUUAUUGAUCCAUGGGGGAAUUUAUGGAUUGGCGUAAUGAAUGAUUUCCCUAUUGGUGCUAAAGAAGGUAUUCAACCCGAAGGUAAAUUAUAUCGAAUUGGGUUUAGCAAAGAAUCCAACAAAUUAACCUGUGAUGUAAUGAUUGAAAAUAGUUUAAUUCUGAAUGGAUUAUGUUUUAAUAAUCAAGGUGAUGAAUUUUAUUGGACUGAUUCAUUAACAUUUAAAAUUUGGAAAUAUGAUUAUGAUAAAACUACUAAUAAAUUAACAAAUAAAUCAGUAUUUAUUGAUUUAAAACAAUUUUAUCCUGAUGUUGAACAACCUGAACCUGAUGGUUUAGUAAUGACUAAUAAUGGUGAAAUUUAUACUUGUGUUUUCAGUACCGGGACAAUUUUACACGUUGAUAAUCAAGGGAAAGAAAUUGAACGAAUUAAAAUUGCUGCCAAAAGACCAACUUGUGUUACAAUUGGUAGUGGGAUUAAAAAUAAUGAAAUGUUUGUAACUACAGGACAUUUGAAAUUGGAUGAUGAAAAAGCUACAAUUGAUGCUAUAAAUUUAGAUGGUGAUUUAGGGGGAUUUCUUUUUAAAUUAAAAGUUGAUAAAGAUUUAAAUGGACAAAAGAAGAAUAUUUGGGGUGGUAAAGUUUAA